AUGACGAUGGUUAUGGAAAACCAGAACCGCCCUUAUGGCGGCAUGAGCUUCGACAGCGUCUACCACAACCCACCGCAAUUCACGGAUCCCUGGGCACACUCUACAUCGCACUCGACACCUCCAGUCUACGCGACCUCCAUGGGCAAUGGCGCCAGCAUGCCCAUCAAGGAGGAGGUGAACCGCCCUGGCAUGUCCAUGCCAUACCCCAGCAUCCCAGUUUCCGCGCCGUCAAUGGUGCCAGGGAGCACCUACGCGACCGGAUAUGGCCCAGAGGUGAUGGGCAUGCAACAUGAGGUGCCGCGCACAACGUUCGACCAGGCACCUUCCUACACCACUGCCCCGCCUAUGAGCAGUUACGCGCCGGCUAGCUAUGCGCCUGUCAGCUACGCACCAAUCCACCCCUCGCCCACAGACAGCCGUCGCAUUUCGCACUCAGAUGCCCGCGUUGGCCCCUCACCCGCAUCCGCACCCACCUUCGGUGAUGCGCUCGAUGCAAGCCGUGGAAUGGUCGCUCUCAGCCAGGACCUGACACCGCGCAACAUUUACGGCCCUGGCCCUCGCGGUGCGCGGGGCUCAGCCGAUUCCUACGGUUUCCCCUCGACGCACUCCUCCACCUCCUCUAUCUCCUCCGGCGGCAACUACCCCUACUACAGCGCCUCAGUCGGCUCAGUCGACUCCUCCGUGACAGACUACAGCUCCACAACUUCCGAGUCAUACGAGUCGCGCACUCUCCCGCGACCAACCAGCCUCUUGGCCGGUAGUGCUCCCCCGGCCCUCAGUCCAUGA